AUGUUGUACACGUUCGCAACAGGGACUUUUGUUGCCAAUGUGUCCUGGCAGGACCAAAACCUUCCGCAGCUCUUCCAGCAGCUCCUCACUCCUACUGACGAGCUCGAGUUCCAAAAGUUUGCUGAUGGCCCGAAUACCUCAGCGGCGCCCCUGAUCGCCUUGAUCCGCGCUGAAUACUCCAUCAUUCCCACUGUUGUCAACGCCUGUUUCAUAUAUUCGGCACUGAGUUGCGCUAAUACGGCACUCUUUGUGGCUUCCAGGCAGUUGUAUGGUCUGACAAGAACCAUCACAGUCGAAGAAGAUUCGAACGUCGUCCGCCGUAUACUAGCCUGGAUGAGUACGAUCAACCACAAGACAAAGACACCUUGGCCUGCGAUCGCCAUGAGCGCCUUGUUCUUCUGCUGGCUUCCUUUCAUUCGAAUCCGUGAUACCGAAUCCGAAUAUCUGCAAGAUGUAUGUGUGACGGCCGUACUUACUUUGAAGCACGUCCGCUGA